AUGACAUGGCCGGAGCAUCCUAACGGCGGAGACGGUUACUCAUUCCCAAGUGCACGCUGUUCAGACGAGCAAACAGGGACGAGUGACAGAAUAGAGAGCCGCAGUUGCCAAUACAAACCGAUUCAUACUGUGUACCGUGGCCACCUCCACUUCAUUGACCGGCAGGCCCUUGACUGGAGCUCAGGAGAACGCCCUGUAAGUCAGAAUCUCCGCCGUACUGCUAAGGUGACCGCCGUAGAGGAGUUGGGACACCAAAUGGUCGUGUCAACCCCUCGUGCCCUGCGCACUCCAUUGAGUGAAGCCAUCGACAUCGACCGAGGGCAGUCCAUCCUGAACGUCCUUGUUGAAAAGGCCCUCAAUGCGCAUGAUGACACCGACAACAACGCCAACGACAUCGACGAGGAUGAAGCUAAUCUCGCCGACCCUAAUGAGGGUAGGGGAAGGGUCAUCCCAGACACGCCUGGGACACCAAAGCCAUCACACAAAGCUUCCCGUGCGCUGACCGCCAACGAGGCCAAGGCCAGAACCGGGACCUUCCCCCAACUUGGGCACCAUCUUCUUUCCUCCGUCCCUGGCGAUGUCAGUCAAUGGAAGAAAUGCUGGGGGGACCCGUGGAUAUCUCUAUCCCCAGCUUUGAAGGACGACGUUGAGACAAAAAGAGGCUGA